AUGUAUCUUGCUCAGGCUGUGAGCCUGAUAACCGCGUUGGCGUUAUCCGCUCAUGCAGUGCCAACAGACUUCCAUAUCAAAACGCGUGGUCUGUUAGGAUCUUCCUUUGGAGUCCCCGGGAAAAAUGCCACCUUCGAUUACGUCGUGGUCGGUGGCGGCACGGCCGGCCUGACCUUGGCCACCCGGCUGGCCGAGCAGCAAAAGGGCUCCGUCGCUGUCAUCGAAGCUGGCGGGUUCUACGAGAUCGACAAUAGCAAUAUCAGCCAAAUCCCUGCCUUGGACGGAACGUACACCGGCCGGUCCAAGUCGGACUGGCAGCCGUUGAUUGAUUGGGGAUACAUCACUACCCCUCAAGCCGGCUCUUACGAAGACGAACUACACUAUGCGCGAGGAAAAUGCCUUGGGGGCAGCUCCGCCCGGAACUACAUGGUCUAUCAGCGCGGGACUACGUCCUCCUACAAGCGAUGGGCUGAUAUGGUGGGAGAUGCUAGCUAUAGGUUUGAAAAGUUCUUGCCCUUCUUCGAGAAGAGCAUUAAAUUCACCGGGCCGAACAUGGACCUACGCUUCAAGAACGGGUCCGCCGAAUACGAUCCGCACGUCAUGGGAGAUGGCUCGGGUCCGCUGUCGGUGACCUUCUCCCACUACGUGCAAGCGUUCGGAACAUGGGCGACCAAGGGGCUACAAGCAAUUGGGAUUCCAAUCGUUCCAGGAUUCCAGAGUGGUUCUCUUCUCGGACAGUCCUACAGCAUGUUUACCAUCAACGCCACGACCAUGGUGCGUGACUCGUCCGAGACGUCCUUCCUGCGAAAAGGGCUUGGACACUCCAACUACAUGGUGUAUCAGUCCACCAUGGCUAAGAAGAUUAUCUUUGACAAGAAGAAGCGCGCCACCGGCGUGAUCGUGGACACCGACGGUCUCGGCUACCAGCUGGACGCCCGUAAAGAGGUCAUCCUAUCCGCCGGUGCCUUUGGCUCGCCCCAACUGCUCCUGGCCUCCGGUGUCGGUCCUGCAUCCACGCUCGAGUCGUUAGGCAUCCCGGUCGUGGCGGACCGACCCGGCGUGGGUCAAAACAUGGAGGAUCACAUCUACUUCGGACCCUCCUACCGCGUCAACGCGCCCACGCUGUCGGCGCUGGGAUAUCCCGACUUUGCCGCCGCCGCAGCCAAAGAAUUCAACGAGAACGCAUCUGGGAUGUACACCAACCCGACCACCGACGUGAUCGCCUGGGAAAAGGUGCCCCGAAAUCUACGCUCGCACUUCUCCAACGAGACCCUUGCCUCCCUUGCCACGUACCCGGCCGACUGGCCAGAGCUCGAGUAUCUGUCGCUGAGCGCAUACCUCGGCUACCAAGCCAACCUGGCCACCGGCGAUCCCCACGACGGUUACAACUACGCCUCGCUGUCCGUAGCGAUCGUUGCUCCGCUCUCGCGAGGCAACUUGACCAUCGCGUCUGCCGAUACCGCGGACCAACCAAUCAUCAACCCCAACUGGCUGACCGACCCGGCCGACAUGGAGGUCUCCAUCGCGGGCUUCAAACGGGUGCGCGAGUUCUGGAACUCCAAAGCCAUGAAGCCGUUCGUGAUCGGCGAGGAGGCGUUCCCCGGCCCUCAUAUCAAAACUGAUGCACAAAUCGAGGAUAUCAUUCGCAAGAGCUUCAACACCAUCUACCACGCCGCCUGCACCUGUGCCAUGGGGAAGAAGGAUAACCCCAUGGCCGUAGUCGAUACCAAAGCAAGAGUGAUUGGCGUCAAGGGGUUGAGGGUCGUCGAUGCGGCGGCUUUCCCGGUGCUGCCGCCGGGUCAUCCUCAGGCAACAGUGUAUGCGCUGGCCGAGAAGAUCGCAUGUGCCAUCACCGGCGCCUGCUGA